GAUGUUAGAGCCUUCCGACUGCAGCUGCCUCCGCAGCUGAAGGUCAUAGAAGUCGAUGACCCACGAGUACAUGAGGCCAAGGCGGUACUCCUCGAGGGCCUCGGCGCGAGACCCAGGGCGGCGCUGCGGCGUUUGGCGGCAGCUGACGCAGAUCCCAGAAAGCCAUGCUUGUUCAUCAUCAGCAUUCCGCCUGCGGAUGCCGUAGAGGCCAUACCGCUCCUUUCCGAGUUUGCCUCAGAAGGCAGCACGGUGGUCGCGCAGGUGCUCCGUGCGGGCCUGCCAGAAGGUACAUCAGGCGUUGAUGCCGAGGUCGCCGCCUUGAAGUCAGUCUUUGAGGCUGCCGGAUGGCAACGGCCUGACCGUGUCGGCCAAGCGGCGCUUCGACGCCUCUACCCGGGCAGCGCGCCCGCAGACGAUGUUGCGGCGCUGGUGGUGGCUGAACGCGGUAUGCCGCUGAUGCCUGGGCGGCCUUCGGUAUCCGGAGCUCAACGGAAG